AUGGAUGAAACUAAAAAAGAAGAGGAAGAAACAACAGCGGGCUCUGGCAUCCGACAGUGGACCAACGGGAUGCUGAGUUCGAAAAUCACUAUCGAUUCACUCGUGCCGUCUGUGGUACGAUCUUUCCCCUUUGCUCCUCAUUAUGUCCGCGCAUGUGCAGCACUUCGAAUACCCGUUGUCAGACAGAGGAAGGACGGUACAGGAUAGUGUACGAGUGGAAACUGUUUUGA